AUGUUAUUUCUUAUUUUUUCGUGUUUUUUUUCUCUCUCUCUCUCUCUCUCUCUCUCUGUCUCUCUCUCUCUUUCUCUCUCUCUCACUCUCUCUCGUUGUCAUUUCAUUCACGCCAUUUUAUAUCCUUGUCUCUCUUCAAUUCUCUGUCUCUCUUGGUUUCUCUAUCCUUUGUUUUUUUUAUCCUCAUCUCCAUGUGGUCUAUCUCUCUCUCUACUCUAUUUCUUUAAACUUAUCACGCUUGCUUUUUCUUUCUUUCUUUCUUUCUUUUUUCCUUCUUUCUUUUUUCUUUCUUUCUUAACCUUUAUCUCUCUUCCUUCCUUUCUUUCUUUCUUUCUUAACCUUUAUCUCUCUUCCUUCCUUUCUAUCUUCCUUUCUUUCUUUCUUAACCUUCAUCUCUCUUCCUUCCUUCCUUCCUUCCUUCCUUCCUUCCUUAACCUUUAUUUCUCUUCUUUCCUUUCUUUCUUUCUUUAA